AUGGCUCACAGUAGACUAAGUGAUGCAGAAUAUAGAAACUGGGUUACUGUUGGUCGAGCAAUCCAGAUUACCCGGAACGGCUUAGAAACCAUAAUUCAAAAUGCUGCUGACAAGUACCACACAUCACUGCUUGCAACCUUGCCAAAUAAUGUACCUACGUGGAAAUCUCACUUGGAGAAUGCCCAUCGAUCACGUGAUAAAAGAAAAAUAUCCUGGAGAAACAGUGAUAACAAUCAAUGGCUGACCGUUGGUGCGUCAUGGGAGAUUGCUAAGAUUUUCAUGGCUCCCUUGGGACCGAGAAAGGUUGAUGUAGUCAACGCCAAAUCUACUGAUAUAUCGGGACUACUAAAUGUAUUAGAAUGGUCUCCGAGAGGGACAAAUGGUAUGCUUGACACAGGUGUCGAUCUUUCGAAAAUAGCAGCGGCAAGAUGUGCUAGGAAUCUUUGGGCGCAUGCACCGUUGUUGCGUGUAAGUGAUACUGACAAAGUCGACGUGUUUGCAUCUUUAACCUCGCUUCUUCAAGACCCAGAACUAAACGGUGACAAAGAUGUCCAAGACGCCAUGAGAGAGCUUAGUAGUUUAUCCCACACUGGUCUAGCGGUUAUUGAAGAAAAAGAAUUGGAAGUAAUCGCUCAGUUACAACGUGAACUUGGUCAGGAUAUCAACAUUUUGAAAAGUGACAUGACUUUUUGGAAGGAUCAAGUGGAGGUGACCUUGGAGCAGAUUGAAGUUCUAAGGAAACGCUUGGGUGAAUUUGUAACAAAGAACGAACUACACGACGCUCUGGAAAUUGCCAAGAAAGAAAUCAAAGAAGAGCUAAAAGUGUAUAUCGACAGCCGGCUCGAAAAGGCUAAGUCAGAGUCACAGCAAAGGUUUUGUGACGGAAGGUCAGAGCUAAAGUUUAACCCAGUUUCUGAUCGAAUGAAGGAAUAAUUUGUCGGUCGUGAGUGGUUGUUCAGUGACAUUCACAACUGGUUAGAAAAAGACCUCGGGCCUCGGGAGUCUCGUGCCUUCCUUAUCUGGGGUGGUGCUGGAACAGGCAAAAGCUCGUUUGCCCAAGAGUUUGUCCGUCGGCACGAGGGAGAGAAUUUGGCUGGAUACCAUUACUGCCAAAAAGAUAAUCCUCGCACCAGCGAUUUGAAAUCGUUAGUCUAUAGUCUCAGCAGUAUGCUAUCGAAGAGUCUUCCCGAAUAUGCUACCUUGGUUGGGAAACUACAGACUGAUAAAUUUGAAAAUUAUCCUAAUGCAUUGUUCGAUUUGUUAAUUACCACACCAUUGCAGCAAUUGAAUGAAAAUACCAAACAUUUUCUUAUCAUCGAUGGCUUGGAUGAAGGAGAGUCCAUGAUUGCUUCUUGCCUUGCCAGAUUAUCAGGAACACUUCCUUCGUGGCUUCGCGUCAUUUUGACUGCAAGACACAAUGCUCCCGCUCUAUUAGGCCUUUUUUUAAAUUCCACUUCUGCUAAACUAGACCAAUUUGAGACUGGUCCUGAGUCCCUUUCUAGCAAAGAUAUUCGUGAUUUUGUCUCCAUCAAGUACAGAAAACUUCAAACUGAAUAUAACUGUAUUCCUUCUUUCUUUGCUAAUGACGAGCAGGUAGGCAAAGAGAAAAUAGUUCAGGCUAGUCAGAAUUGCUUUCUUUACGCUAAACUUGUGAUGGAACACAUCUUUGAUGGCCAUGAUGAAAUUGGUUUGCCUGCCUCGUUAUCUGAGAUUUACUGCUUGGACUUCAAACGUCGCUUUCCGGAUAUAGAUUUCUUUGAGAAAAAAGUUGCACCUGUGCUUCAGAUUGUGCUUGCCAUUCAAUCUGCCAAGGCUUUUAUAGACAAAGAGAUACCUAUAAAAGAUUUGUUAGAUUUGGCAUCUUCCUAUCCUUCUAUUUUUAUUGAAGAUGGAAUAAUUCGCUUACAGAAGAUGCAGCAGGCUUAUGAGGAGAGCGAUGAAAGUGUUACAGGGGUUGUGAAGUGUGGUUUGCUGCCUGAAAUUAAGAUGCAUGAUCUCAAUAAAGUCCUCAAACUUUUAUCAGGCUACUUAGUAAAGGAUGAUUCUGGUACAUAUUAUUUCAGCCAUAGUUCUGUAAGAGAUUGGUUGCAAGACGAAGAGUCAGAUUUCUUUUGCGAUGUACUCAACGGGCACUCCAUUAUGGCAAACUAUAACUUGAAAACUCUUAAAGUUAAGUAUCCUUCACCCGGCGAUUUUUUUGAAAAUGUAUGUUUUCGUGCGAAACUGCCAUAUCCUACUGCUCUUCUAGACCUCAAAUUCUUUUCUUUGCGUUAUCUCUUUCAUUCCAGUGAGAGCGGGAGUUCAAACGUGAAUGUUCUGAUAUCUGAAUUAGGUAUUAAAGCAAUCGACCUUCUUCAUGCCGCAUUUCACCAUAGUGAUGACGUUUGGGGUCGUUUCAUUUGUUCCGAGUAUAUGGCAAUGAAAGUUCUCGAUGGAACUGAUGUCUUGAAUAAAAUGACCAUACAGGAAAAAACUGAACAUCUUGAGUGGGCUCUUUUGUUGCGUUGUGCAAGAAUUACUGCCAAGUUGUUUGAUAGCCGCACAUACUGGAUUUUUAGUAGUGACGCCAUCAUUAUCUUGAUCUGUGACAUCAAACUACUACAGCUCGUCCCAAAGGAAUCAAUGCCCCAGUUAUUGUUUUCGUCUCUCGUGGAUAUUUUCUUUCGCAAUAAGAUAUUUGAAUUUUGUGUAAAAAAUGGAUUAACGGCGGAUGUAUGUGUUCCUCAAUUCUUUGAGAACACCAAGGGCUUUGACUCGUCCAUCUGCUGGAACGAAGAUGUCCAAGAGUAUUUUAGAAAAUUGAAGUCAGGCGAAGAGAAUGUUAUCACUUUGGAGUCCCUUCAAGAGAAGCCAUUUUAUCCAGAAGAAGCUAAAGUGUCGGAAUUUACAUUGGAGAUCAUUCAGAAACCUCUUUCAGGUAUUGAUUACAAAUAUUCUUGUAAAUCUGCAGGUGUGCAUGGUAAAAAAAAAUUAUUCUUUAUUAUAUAAUACCUUAUUGAAUUCUGAUCGUUUAAUUGGCUGUUUAUGGUCACGUGAUAUUGAAUAGAAAAUUCCAUUUCCCCAGAGUGCAAUGGAAUACGUUCCAUUGCACUCUCUGCGAGUGCAAUGGAAUAAAACGUAUAGUACAAUUGCACUCUUUGUGUUUUCGAUAAAUCGCAUCCCUCAAAAUGCUUCUCAUACGAAUCUAUUAGUCUAUUUUGGUAUUAUAUAUAUUAUAUAUUAUAUGGAACAUUCCAUCUUUCACCUCAUGAAAAUAUUCUUACCAUUGCACUCAUAAACAUUCAUUAUUUGUGUAAUAUAAAGUUGAUUAAACAUAUUCUUAAAAAUAGCUUUGGAAAAAACCUAGUUUGUUAUAUAUGAAAACAAUACAGCUCAUCGUAUAGCCAGGGCCGCCGAGAACUUGGCGGGGGCCGGGCCAAAAAAAUUUUUAGGGGCCCCUAUUGCAAAAACAUUUUCCCACAAAAAAUGUUUCGGACAAUAAUUUCUUUUUAGGUGCGUUAUAAUUGCUUUCGUUGGACUUUUCCGCAAUUUUCCAUACCAAAUUUCGGUUCAUUGCCCCCUAAACACAAACAUUUUGGCCCGAAAACAGAAAUAUUUCGCCCGAAAAAAUUACUGCGGCCCAUUAAAUUUCUAACAUUAAAUUUCUAGGGGCCCCCAGAGCCUCGGGGCCCGGGGCAAUUUGCCCCCCCUGCCUCCCCCCCUCUCGGCGGCCCUGCGUAUAGCUGUGUUCUGUGACCAAAAAAGUUGCUGCUUAGAAAACGAAGUUUGUCGCCUCCCUUCGGGCACUACUUUAAAAUUACAUAAAUUUAUAGAUUCUGAUAUGCCUGGCACGAAUUUAUUCAUGCAAACCUGCAGUUUCUUUGUAUUUUACGACCAAACAUCAUCAUUUUCUAUUAAAAUUAGCAAUAUUUUUUUUUUUAAACUACAUGUUAUACACAGUUAUUGUACCAGUUCGAAGGCGGGGGAGAGGGGUGGGGGGUAUCACGCGGUUCAUCUCAAUAUGAAAUUGCAAAGAUUCUUUAAUCAAGAAUUUUACAGAUUCUAAACUUGUGUUGCUCAAUUUUUUAUCAACAACGAACAAGGAGCGCACGAUAUUCGAUAGAUCUUCAGGACCCAGAUGUAUUUUAUUUAACACAAACUGACCAUUGGCAGCAGUUCUUUCAAAAACUAGCUCAUGCAUGAAAUCUUAACUUUUUCCUGUGGGGCAUUAAGUGCUAUGAGCAUUAAGUGCUAUCAUACGUUUAAAUUUGUUGGCGCUAAAUCUUUCUAUACACUUUUUUUAGAUCUAACCGGGAGCAGCUGCGAAAAAUGGAAGUAAUAGGCCCUUUGGCUUUGAUUCCGGUAUAAUGCUCUAACGAGCUGUGCUACAGAGACCAAUUGCUAAGCCUUAACCACAGAUUCAUGUAUAUAUAUAAUCGAACCUGCCAGAGAGCAUAAAGUUGCAUUUUUUGCAACUGCUCCUGGUUGUUAGGUCUAAAAAAGUGUAUAGAAAUUUAGGUUCGAAAAUUCAAUCUAAAAAACCAUUCACUAUUAGUUGUAUCGAACGAGAUUCCCAAAAUGUCGAUAUAAGAAUCUUUAUCAAUCUACUCUUUGCAAUUUCAUAUAUAAUUGAACAAUAAACCCAAAAGCUGAUGCAAUAUAUCUCACGCCACCGCUCUGCGACAUAAGUCCACAUAACAGCGACUUUUUCUAAUUUUUGGACGAAUGAUGUUAAAUUUGCUUUGUAAAUGGUUAGCUUAUUCUGAAAAAUUGCUUUUCACAUUGUUUUAAUUGUCUGCUUUGGUUAACGAGAAUUAGAUGCCACCCAAAAAUGGCGGAUAUUCGUCAUCGUGAGAAAGGCUAAUUAUUGACGAUUUACUGCAUAUAACCGCGUGAUAAGAGACUUGAAUUGGUGCAAUAAUGUUAAUACAAAAUAUUGAUCUUUCAUCGUAAAGUACAAAGAAACUUCAGGUUUUUACGAGUGACAACAAGUUAAUUCAUACCAGCAUAUAAAAAUCUAUAGAUUCAUGUAGAUUUAAAGUUGCGCCCGAAGGGGUGGGAGGGGGGAGACAGAAUUGAAACCAAAUCACAGAAUACGGCUUAUUACGCACAUCUCUGUAAUGGAUGGUUCAAUUCUUCCUGUUACCAUCCCCCAAAUGUACACCGACGGAAUUUUGUUGAGCACGUGGUCCAGGAGGUGUCCCGUGGGGGUAGGGAUUAGGAAUACACAUGUUCACAGGCGAGGGGCUUUGGGACUCGUAGAAAAAUGCAAAACAUGAGCCCACUUGCACUGCAAUUGUUUUUUCUUCCAUAUUUAAACAUUGCUGUAGAUCAGAGAUUGCGUUGGAAACUGGAAGAAAAAAUGUACUAACACUGUACUAACAUGGCCUUUAAUAGCCCUAGUGAACACGCUCUAUCGCUUAGUGAAUGCCUUUCAAAUGUCGACAUUCGUGAAAUUUUUAUAACGUGUUCGUGUCCAAUAUUGGCCAUGGGAGGGGAAUUGGCUUUUCUUUAUUUGCCCAGGGGUGGGGAAUUGACAGUUUAGGAAUAAAGAAUACAUAAAUCCCGGGGGGGGGGGACAGGAAGAAUCGAGCCAUGCAUGAUCCAGAUAAUUCUCUGCUGCGUACGCCUUUCUAAACGGGCACCUCUUUAAUAUCAACGCUUUGUAAUAAUGCGGACACCUUUCCAAUGUACCGCCGUCCACAUUAAUCCGUUUUCGUUUGAAAACGUAUACUUUUGCACGCGUUUUCGCCGAUCUUCCACACUAAUACGAUGGAAAACGGAUGCCUUCAUCAAUGAAAACGGAGCUGUUCGAAAACGGCUUUGAAAGUAGGUGAAGACAACGCGGGCGUAUACAUUGGAUUAGUGUGGGCGGGCGAAAACGAAGGUUUUCAAAAACGCGGACGGCAUGACACAAUCAUUCGUAGUGAGUGUGUUGUUUUUCCGAAUUUCAAAUGAAUUGCUUGUCUUGCACUGGAUAUAAUGAUGAUUAAUCUGCAAGCAUAACUUGCAAACACAAUGAAAUGCUCUACACUAUGUCCUAGGUUAUCAUUUAAUUUAUUUCUGAGAUUGUAAAGCCAUCGCCGACGUUUUUAGGUCCAACCUCGGUAAAUUUGUCUCUUUCCCGUAAAAAUGUUCCUGGCCUUCUUGUAGAUUUUUGCAUGAAUAACGGUAAAGAGAAUGCAAAUCGAAAAUAAAAAAUUAUCGUUUUCUAAGUGCUAGUGUGGUAAAAAACGAUCCAAAAACGCUACUGUGGACGCGGAUAUUUGUAUGCGUUUUCGAAACAUCAAAAACGAAGGGAUUCGAAAACGGAUUAGUCUAAUAGUGUGGACGUAGCCUACCUUCCCAAUACGGAUACCUCUCUAAUAUGAAUACCUCCCUAAUAGAGAUACCUCGCUCAUACAGACACCUCUCUGAUAGUGUUAAUGUGUAUUCUUUGCAAGGUACAGUAUGUAGUUUCACUAUAGUUGGCCGUAUACAUGUAUAUAAUUAUGCUUUAUUCUUAUUCAGAAAUUGAACGCCUUCUGAGAGAUGGAAUGAUUUAUGUGGAGUUCAAGUAUGCCUGGCACUCGCUUUUAGCAACAAUACUUCGGUUUUACAAAUAUGAAACGCUACAAAUGGUAGAAAACUGUUUAAAACAUGGAGCAAACCCAAGCAACAGAGGAGGUCUUGGGGUAACUGCCCUAAUGCUAACGUGUGAGAACCGAAAUGAUCUUUUUGAGGAUUCAGCUGCGGCGGAACAGGCGGUGUCGUUACUCUUGGAUCACGGAGCUGAAGUGAAUCAACAGGAUUUUUAUGGACGUACUGCGCUUCAUUAUGCAUUUGAAUCAGGAGAUGACACUGAAGAAGGACUUGCUCGAAAACAACGUGCUAUUGAAAUCCUUAUUCAGCACAAUGCAGACAUUUAUCUAAAAGAUUCGUCUGGGCUUUCCGCCUUUGAUAUGGCUAAGCGUGAGGGACACGAAUCUUGGUUAAGAACCGAUGAAGCAUCAUUGAGAGUCCGAACAUGCUCAAAGAAAAGAAAAACAUACUGUUCCAUAAGUUAA